CCAUCCUCCGACAAACGAAUUUUAUGUGCAACCGAUUCUUCCAAAAAUGGACUUAUCAUCCUCAUCUUCAAGUUCCACUACACCGGCAACAGCGAAGGCAACACCAUCGACCAGCAGAAACCCUUUAAAUGCCGAUAAUAGUAUAGAAUCAAUUAAUAACGAUACCGCCGGUAGCAAUAGCCUAUAUGACAGUGCUAUGGAUAAUAUGACAACAUUUGUUUCCUUUACUGAGAGUGCCAACAAUAAUAGCAGUACAUUAAAUUCAACAACCAACAGUAGUACACCCAUUACAACAACGUCCAGCGACAACUUUUCACAUUUGAAUUCCUCCUCGGCGUCAUCUGGUUCUAUGGAUUUUGACACAACAUUGAACGGAGAUUCAGAAUCAGCAGCUUUAUCCGACAAUUUAGCAGUACAAAAUGACUUCGGACCAUCCUACCCCGUUAAUCAACUGAACAAUGAUAAUCAAAAUGUUAUAAACGCCAGUAUGCUUCUAAUACAGUCAGAGAGUACCGAGACCAAUAGUACGUCUCAAGAAGAGGUUGAUCCAAAAUCGAAACUAGCUAAUAAGACAAUAUUCAAAACGGAUAAUCCGGAUUUGUCAAUUAUAGAAAUUAACGAAAAUUCCAUCAGAGAUCAGGACAUAGAAAGUUCUGUUUUGGUGAUUGAAACGUCAUCGGAUGAAGAUUUAUCCGAAUCGCUCGACCAAAAACCGAAGCAAAAUGAUACAGCCCUAAAUCCCGAUGUGACGGUGGUAAAUAAGACGGCAUCGCCCCAUGGCACGCUGGCUGAAAAUGUUGCUGACAAACGACGCAGAAAGGCUGAAACACUUAUAUAUUCCAGUAAGCAAAAACUUAACAUAGCCAUUGCAGAAGCAUCGGCGGCAGAGACAGCAUCGCCAGCCUCUGUCGGUGAUGAUGUUGCCGUUGGAAAUGGUCCGCAGCCGCAAACAAAGCGUGAAAUCAAAAUUUACGACACAAUUGAAGAGUUCGAGAGAAAUCUGCCAUCGACGGUAACAGUGCUGGACACACCGUUCGGUAGUAAAGUCUAUUUAGUUGGUACAGCCCAUUUCAGUGAGGAAUCGCAAGAUGAUGUUUCAUUUGUUAUCCGUAAUAUCCGUCCAGAUGUUGUUAUGGUAGAGUUAUGUCCAUCGCGCAUUCCAAUUUUAAAACUCGAUGAAAAAACGCUUUUGGAAGAAGCUAAGAGUUUCAAUUUGGCCAAGAUACGCAGCAUCAUCCAUUCCCAUGGUUAUAUUAAUGGUAUAUUCUUUAUUUUGCUGCUGCAAAUGAGUGCCCAAAUUGCCAAAGAUUUAGGCAUGGCGCCGGGUGGCGAAUUUCGUCGUGCAUUCGAAGAGAUACACAAAUUACCCGGUUGUAUGUUACACCUAGGUGAUCGACCCAUACGCAUCACUCUACAUCGAGCAUUGAGAGCACUCUCACUAUGGCAGACUGUAAAAUUGGUGUGGCGUCUCACCUCUUCGGACACCAUUAGCAUAGAAGAGGUUGAGGAAUGUAAACAACGAGAUCUCUUGGAGAAACUAAUGCAAGAAAUGGCUGGAGAGUUUCCUGAAUUUUCCGAUGUUUUUGUCAAGGAACGCGACUUAUUCCUAUGUCAUUCGCUGCAAAUGGCUGCUUUGCCUCAGCCAGCUGAAGCAACGGGUGAACCACGUCCGGUGCGCGUUGUCGGUGUUGUUGGUAUUGGUCAUGCAAACGGCAUAGCUAAAAUGUGGGGCCAUGUAGAUCCACAAAUAAUACCGGCUAUAAUGGAAAUACCACCGGCCAGUUUGAGCACCCGUAUUUGUAAAUACACGGUUAAAUACGGUCUUAUCGGUUUGACACUUUAUGGCGCCUUCAAAUUGUUAAAACCACAUUUAGGACGUUUGCGAUAA